UUGCAUUUUUAAGAAAACAUUAGUGGCGCCAACAAUCUGCAAAUCACAGGCAACGGUCAAACGGCAAUACAAAGUGAGUACCGCAACUCGGUCCCUUCCUUCUUCGGAAGAAGCGUCGAGAUCUGCUCUGACUCGAUGCGUCACGUAACCAAUGUCAGAAACUUACAUAAAUUGAAGCCACCCACCAUUUUCCAAGCAAACUUCUCAAAUAUUUCGCAAGCGAACGAGCAAUUAGAUCAGAAGAUUCAGCUCGGAUUUAUUCCGGAGAGUCACAUAUACACUCGUCUCCUCAAAGCAUGCUUGCAAGAAUGCAAAUUAAUUCAAUCCCAUCGUUUGCUCGACCAAAUGCCUCAACAAAAACAACAAUCAUCCAAAAAUAGUAAAAUUUUACAUGCCCAGAUACUGAAAGUUGGCCUUGGAUUGAGCGGGAAGUUGGGUAACAUCAUUGUCGAUUUGUAUUCCAAGUGUGGGAAUGUGGUUUUUGCCCAAAAGACCUUUGAUCGGCUCGACAAGAGAGAUGGGUCAGCUUGGAAUUCAAUUUUAUCUUUGUACUCGAGGUGUGGAAUGCUGGAAGAUAUCAUUAUCACUUUUGGGUCAAUGUGGAAUUCCUGCACACCACCGAAUCAAUUCACAUUUGCAAUCGUCCUUUCUGCUUGUGCAAGACUUAUGGCUGUUGGUCCUGGUAGGCAAGUUCAUUGCAAUAUUGUUAAGAUGGGAUUCGAGUUAAAUCCUUUUUGUGAAGGUUCUUUGAUUGAUAUGUAUGCUAAAUCUGACUAUGUGACUGAUGCUCGGAAAAUAUUUGAUAGAGCUGCGGACCCUGAUACAGUGUCUUGGACAGCUAUGAUUGCUGGUUAUGUUAGAACUGGUAUGCCCGGGGAAGCUCUCAAGUUGUUUAAGAAAGUGCAGGACUUAGGCCAUGAACCAGAUCAGGUUGCAUUUGGGACUAUUAUCACUGCAUAUGUUGGUCUUCGCAGGCUUGAUGAUGCAUGCCGUGUAUUUGCUCAAAUGCCCAACCCAAAUGUUGUUGCAUGGAAUGUGAUGAUCUCAGGACAUGCUCAGAGUGGUUACAGUGUUGAAGCAAUUAAUUUCUUCCAUGACAUGCGAGUUUCUGGUGUAAAAUCUACGAGGUCCACAUUAGGAAGUGUUUUGAGUGCCAUUGCCAGCCUAGCUGCUCUUGAUCAGGGACAACAGGUUCAUUCUGAGGCAAUCCGACUUGGAUUGGAUUCUAAUGUUUUUGUUGGAAGUGCUCUAAUCAAUAUGUAUGCCAAGUGUCAAAGUAUGGAAGAUGCAAGGAAAGUCUUUGAUGCAGUCAUUGAGAGAAACAUUGUCUUGUGGAAUGCAAUGCUUGGAGGUUACGCAAAUAAUGGGUACCCAUGUCACGUCUUUGAUUUGUUCUCUGAUAUGAGGGGUUGUGGUCUCCAGAUGGAUGAAUUUACCUACACCAGUCUUCUUAGUGCAUGUGCUUGCCUGGAAAAUUUAGAUAUGGGUAGACAACUGCAUUCUUUUUUAAUCAAGAGCAACUUUGAAUCAAGUCUAUUUGUGGAAAAUGCCAUGGUGGACAUGUAUGCUAAGUCUGGGGUUCUAAAAGAUGCAAGGCAGCAAUUUGAGCUUAUUCGGGAUCGGGAUAAUGUCUCCUGGAAUGCAAUUAUUGUUGGGUAUGUUCAUGAGCAGUAUGAGGAUGAGGCUUUCAUAAUGUUUCAACAAAUGAUCAUGGAUGGCUUUGUGCCUGAUGAAGUGUCCUUAGCUAGCAUACUUAGCGCUUCUGCAAAUAUUCAAGCUCUUGAGCUAGGCAAGCAAUUUCAUUGCUUUGCUGUCAAAUAUGGUAUUGACUUGAAUCUCUAUGCUGGGAGUUCCCUUGUUGACAUGUAUGCCAAGUGUGGGGAUAUGCAGGCUGCGAAUGUGGUUUUUGCUAGGAUGCCAGAGCAGGGUGUUGUCUCCAGGAAUGCUCUAAUUGCAGGAUAUACUCAAAACAAUGAUAUGGAUGAAGCAGUGAAUUCUUUUCAAGAAAUGCAGGCAGCAGGACUGAAACCAUCCAAAUUCACUUUUACAAGCAUUUUGCCAGUAUGUAGUGGGCCUUCUAGAUUGGACAUGGGAAGGCAAGUGCACUGUUAUACAAUAAAGUCCGGGUUCUUGCAGGACGAUGACUUCCUGGGGAUUGCACUUUUGAGCAUGUACCUGAAAUCCCAAACCCAUGAAGAUGCAAACAAGCUUUUUUCCGAGUUUCCAGAUCCCAAGAGCAAAGUAUUAUGGACCGCUAUUAUUUCAGGAUAUGCCCAGGAUGGUUACAGUGAGGAGGCAUUAUGGUUCUUUUGGGAGAUGCAUAGGUGCAAUGUUGUUGCUGAUGAAGCCACUUUUGGUAGUGUGCUUAGUGCUUGUGCUUGCUCAGCUGCCCUGAAAGAUGGCAGAGAGGUACAUUCUCUUAUCAUCCGGAGUGGCUUCAACUCAGAUGAGUGCAUGGGCAGUGCUCUUGUAGACAUGUAUGCCAAAUGUGGGGACAUGAAAAGUUCUGUACAGAUUUUUGAGGAAAUGGACUCUAAACAAGAUGUUAUUUCUUGGAAUUCAAUGAUUGUUGGAUUUGCAAAGAAUGGAUAUGCAGAUGAUGCGCUCAAAAUAUUUGACCUGAUGAAGCAUGCACUUGUAAAGCCUGAUGAUGUAACAUUUCUUGGUGUUUUAACCGCAUGUAGUCACGCAGGUCUAAUAUCUGAAGGUUGUGAAUUCUUUGACAUCAUGAUGAAUCAUUAUGGGAUUCAGCCAAGAGUUGAUCAUUAUGCUUGCAUGAUUGAUCUUCUUGGUCGUAGUGGCCAUCUUAAAGAAGCAGAGGAGUUUAUAAAAAAACUACCAUUUGAACCCAGUGCUAGGAUUUGGGCCACAUUUCUUGCUUCUUGUAGAAUACAUGGGGAUUACGAACGAGGGCAGUGGGUAGCUGAGAAACUCAUUGAGCUGGAACCUCAAAACUCCUCACCCUAUGUACUGCUUUCUAAUAUAUAUGCUGCAGCUGGUAACUGGAAUGGAGUUAACACAGUAAGGAUGGCAAUGAAAGAAAGAAGUGUUAAGAAGAUGCCUGGAUGUAGCUGGAUUGUCGUGGGAAAGAAAACAAACAUGUUUUCUGCAGCAGAUAAGUUUCAUCCUAGUGCCAAUGAAAUAUAUGCAGUUCUGAAGGAUUUGACAGCACUGAUGAAAGAAGAAGGUUAUAUUGUGUCUGCACUUUCCGUUUUGCAUGAUGAAGAAUGAGAGAGACACUUCUCUUCUGUUGCCCUUGGUUGCAUACUUCUGAUUGGGCUGAGACCAUAACCAUUCCAUUAAGUCGGUUUUGAGUAGAAUAAUGUACAUAUUCAAGUAUAGAAGCUGCAUACAUGAACAACUGACUGGAAGACCAAUAAUGGCUCAAGAGGUGAAAAGCACUCUAUAACAAUUGAGAGUAGUGUAUUUGAAUAUUCCAAGUUGCAUAAGUCGGACCACUAAAUUCUUUCCUUAUUAAAAAAAAGGUACCAUAACCAGAGACAAUUCUUGCUUUUGCAAGGUCCUGGGAGGGGUGGAUUGGUUUCAGUCCUGAACUUCAACACAUUUUGGACGACGUGGCCACACUCACAUAUGAGUCUACGUCUCCACACUGGCAGCCUGAGCUGUACCAUCUCACCAAGCGGUGGCCCCUAGACUCUUUCUUCUUUGGUGCUUGUAAACGGCUGUCCAUUUUCCAUCCGUCCAUAAUUUUGGACAUUAGGAAGCUUCCAAUUUCUGAUGUUUAAUAAAAAAUCCUUGGAGAUAUUUAUGUAGUUGUAAUGCACGGUCACAAGAUCAUAAUGCUGAAGUAUUGGGGCCAGAGGAAUGAUGAAGCAUUUGUUGAUUCUUCAUGGAAACUAAAUAUCUAGGCUUCAUGUUCUUGUGAAAGUGGACUUACUUCAGAAGAUUAUGCAAGGCAGUGGCCAAGGGCAUAUGAACUUGGCCUGCUUGUAUGUAGAUCCUUUUGUUUUUUUUGGCAUUGCUGGUCCUAGGGGAUGAUAUUACUACUGUUUUUCAAUACUUAAAGAAGGAUGCUCCUGUUGCUCACAUUUUAAAAUGAGUGAAAAUGGAAGUCUAGCUGCUUCUACCUGAGGAGGAUGGGUAGAAUGAACAUCCUAGAGAAAGUUAGCAUGUCCAUUACAAAGCCUGGAGAAGUAUUCCAGUGAUUCUGGAAAACAGCAUCUACCGAUAUCAUUAUUAUGUUCUGAAGUAAGUACUCUCUCAUGUGGACAAGGGACCAGGGUGCAGAUACAAAGAUGGGUUCAACACUAUGAAAAACACUUGGACCAACCCCUCUCCUGUUCUAAAAAUGACUUGACAUAUUCUCUUGCUAGUGAAGCUUGGAGAAGGUUCACUGCAAGUUGCAUUAUCAUCAUCUCAAAUCUGCAAAAAGUGUGAUAGCUGGUACUCUAUUGCAUGGAAGACUGCAAAGGUGCUUCAAGGAGUAACAAGUAUGAAGCAGAAAUAGCAUUGGAAAGUUGGUGGCAUAUUGAUGCUGUUCAUUCCCUAAACCGUAAGUUCUGUAUCAUAGUUCCAGUUUCUGCCAUUUGCUUAAUAUGUUGAAGAUCUUUUUGAAACCUACAGUGAUUAUUUCUGCAGUUUCAAUGAGACCUUGUAUUCAUCCUUUCAGAUCUUCAAUAAGUUACUCAAAUCAAUGACUGUGACAGGUUAUCAAAAUCUGAGGUGUUUAAAUUAUUAGUGUGGUUUUGGGGUGCUUUUGAGACUCCUUUUUGAAGAUAGAGUUUAUUAUUUGGUUCUUGUCUUCUUGUUCCCACCUGGACUAUCUAUGCAGUGAAGCCUUUCAACAUUAAUUGGCUUGAGGUUGCUCCAACUAAAUUGGUUUCAGUUAUAACGUAAGAAUUAUUAUAAGUAACACAAUAUCAAA